CUCCGCCGCGCUAGCCCACGCUUCCCUCCUGCACACUGUCUUCUGCGAUGGAUGAGUUGUCCACAGAACAAGUGGGAGUCCCUCGCCUCGGCUCUCGGGAACACAGUGUCCCAGAGGAGUGUUCUCACCCCGAGUCCAAAGAUGCGGCUGAACUCUGAGGACCUGACUGCCCAUGUGUUGGUGUUUCACGGAGCAGCCAUGUCCACCCUGUACCCAUCUCUGGAGGACCUGAAGGUGGACCAAGCCGUUCAGGCCCAGGCCAGAGACACCCCCAAGAUGCCCAUCCUGCCUGUGCAGGAGACACCUGUCCCCCAGCCUCCAGUUUUGUACCCAAACCUGGCAGAACUGGAAAAUUAUAUGGGUCUUUCCCUCUCCAGCCAAGAAGUCCAACAGAACCUGCCUCAGAGUCCAGACGGUACCAGUACGGUGGUCUCUGGCCCCUCGCCGGGCCAGGUGGUGGCGCCGGUGUCCGGGAACAGCCUGGGUGUGCGGCGUGCGGAGAUCAAGCCCGGGGUGCGUGAGAUCCACCUCUGCAAGGACGAGCGCGGCAAGACGGGGCUGCGGCUGCGGGCCAUCAACAAGGGACUCUUCGUGCAGCUGGUACAGGUCAACACCCCUGCAUCCCUUGUGGGGUUGCGCUUUGGGGACCAGAUCCUGCAGAUUGACGGGCGCGACUGUGCCGGGUGGAGCACAGACAGAGCGCACCGGGCAGUGAAGAGGGCUUCAGCAGAGAAGAUCGUCAUGGUUGUUCGGGACCGGCCUUUCCAGCGGACGGUCACCAUGCACAGGGACAGCACCGGCCAUGUGGGCUUCGUCAUCAAGAAGGGGAAGGUGGUCUCUAUAGUCAAAGGGAGUUCCGCGGCCCGCAACGGGCUUCUCACCAACCACUACGUGUGUGAAGUGAAUGGGCAGAACGUCAUCGGGCUGAAGGGAUCAGGCGUGACAGUCCGAAGGGAACCCCCAUACCUGAAAAGCUGGCACACUGGACAAAGAGGAGUGACGGAGAUUCUGGCCACAGCUGGGAGCGUCAUCACCCUGACCAUCAUCCCCACCGUGAUCUACGAGCACAUGGUCAAAAAGUUGUCCCCGACCCUGCUCCGCCACACCAUGGACCACUCCAUCCCGGAUGUCUGACGUCACGGGCAGCUCGCCCCCCUCCUCCUGCAGGAACACAGAGGCCUCAGGACUGCAGGUUUCAGAGACCUGCUGCCUGGAGCCGGGAUGUCCUGACAGGGUGUGCUCGGCGGGUGUGUGUGUGUGUGUGUGUGUGUGUGAGUGUGUGUGUGUGUGUGUGUGUGUGUGACCGCAGAGCACAUAGUCUUCAUGUGGAGCACAGGCCUCCUCGGAGCCUGACGCUUGCCUGGACUACAGGCAGCGGCUUGCGUGGGUUUCAGUGUCGCGGCAGCCGGCUCAGGGCCUCCGGAAGGUGCAGCUGGGUCCCUUUUGGGACGUCACCUCUACCAGGACAGUCCACAUUGAGAGAACAGAAGCACAUUCCUUGUGAGAAUUUUUCCCUUUACUUGAUCUUUGACACACACUGUACAUGGGUAGAACUCCUCACUUAUCUUUUGAAUAAAGCUUUGACUUUAAAUAAAA